AUUUUCUAUUCAAACACUUUACAAAACUACUAUGUUAAAAUAUUGUUAUGAUUUCGGUAUAUUGAAAACAAAAAUAGAGAAGCAUGUCGGUCAAGAAAUUAUUUGCCGUAAAUUUUGAAGUUUUUGGUAAAGUGCAAGGUGUAUUUUUCAGAAAAUAUACCGAAAAACAAGCACUACAUUUGGGGCUAAGAGGCUGGUGCAUGAAUACUGCAGAAGGCACAGUUAAAGGUCAAUUAGAAGGUUCUCAAAAUGAAUUAAAUGAAAUGAAACAUUGGCUUCGUACCAAAGGCAGUCCAAGUUCUCGUAUUGACAAUGCUGUUUUUAGUGAAAUGACACCUAUAGACAAUUACACAUUUCAAUCGUUUGGUAUUAAACGUUAACUAAUUUGUACAUAAUAUGUAUUUGCGUAUGAGUUUAUAUAUUUAUUAAAUACUACAAAUUAA